AACUCUCGAGUCUCAGCCUAUAGGUUUCUUUUGUCUCACAAGUUCAAUACAAUUGUUAUUUUGAGAAACUGAGAACCUUACCUCUACAGUAACUACAAUACCAAAAUUAGAGAAAAUUGAAAGCUAAAUCUACUGAUUAGAAGAAAUGUAUUUAGGUGUCCAGUUGUAAAAUAAUUUCUCCAAUUGUUGUUUUGCUUGUAGUAGAUAGGAUGACUUUUAAGGUAAAAUCUACUAGUUUAGGAGAUUGUUUCCAUAUGGUUGUCUUGUUAUUAUAGAAUAUUAUUAUUGGUCUAAGAUUCAUAUAAUCAGCAUCAUUGUUGUUAUUUUCGCUGAUACUGUAGUAGAUGGGAACAGUUGUAAAAGUUGUGAAGUUUAUUCAUAUAAUCUUCAAUGGAGGAAAGGCUUGAGAGAGCAUCUCAGUCCUGCGGCAGGUCUAGGAAGGCCAAAAAUGGCGAAAAGAAGAUCCCCCAGCGCGGAUUGGGAGUUGCCCAGUUGGAAAAGUUGCGCAUGGAAGAGCAACAAAAACAACAGCAACAACAACGGGUUAUGGGUUUAAUCCCUCAGGACCAACUUCAUAGGCAGAUCAAGGCUUCCUUUCAGCCACCUCAUCCUUCUCCUACAGCUCCCUUUGCUCUGGAUUUACCCCCAAGGGAUUCGAUCAUAUGCCUUGCAGGGCUUAAUGUUAGUGUCCCAGUCCAUAUGACUAAUAAUAAUUAUGCUCUGGCUGAGUCAAAUUCCUGUGUUACUCAUGUCUCUGUAGCUCCAGAUUCUGUGGUGUCAGCUCCUUUUCAGCAGGGUUUGGGGUCUGAAAUCUCUGGAUCUGCUGCAGUCAAUCACCGGGAGUUGAUGUUUUUUGAGCCCUCUCUGUGGCCAUCUGGUCCCCCAACAGAGCUGCCAAUGAUGAAUGUUUCAUCAUGUGGCGCUGUACAAACGGAGCCCCCUUCAAACCAAAUUUACUCUGACAACGCUGGUACUUGGCCAGAGGAAAACAAGAUUCCAGGCAGAAAACGUUUCUGGCCUUUCUCUGAAGCAAACAUGCUCGAGGUCAAGUCAUCCAGAGUGGAGCCUUCUAGUCAGAAUACUGUUGGCGUUUUCAGGGAUUCUGUGGCAACUUGUUUUGAACCCAUUCAGAUGGCAGCAGAGUGGCAAUCCAAGUCUGAGACAGUAUCUCCUGCUUGUAAAAAUCCUCCUGAAAUAAACUUUUCUUGUGACAGUGAACAAGGACACAGACAACAAUUGUCACCUCUUGGCCAGGGUAUUGUAAAGGAUAGCUGCUCGAGCAACAGCACAAAUUUAAUGCAACCAAGCUUUCAACUGAAUUGGAAAGGUUCAUAUGAGAAUGACAUUUCUUCCCAGGAGAAAGAGGUGCCCAGUGAUUUUUUGACACUAGGAUUGUCUACUUCAGUGAAUGAUUUUCUUGAUAGCAAUUUCAAGAAACACUCAGGAACUUCUGAUGGAAAGGACUCUUCUACUUCUGAUGCAUGCGAAGAACCUGGGCAUCCAAAUCAUUUGCAGCAGGAACUAAGUACAGAGGCAGGCAGCCGAGCCAUGUGCCGAUUUGGUGGGUUGCUUAAGCAUAGAUCAACCAGUGCAAUCGAUGACAGGUGCGGCAUACCUUUUUACAAGUUUUUAUGCUAUGAAUCAAAUACCAAAGGCAUAGCAGAAUCCAUGUGCCAGGACAAUAUAAAAAAACCUGCUGACUUGGACCUAAGGCUAACUCUGUAAUCAGUAGAUAAGGAUUACUACAUCAUGUAAGAAGCUACAGAUAUGCAUCAUGUGGUUAACUCUGUCGUCAAGGACAGAUUUUUUCUGGAAUAACAGGCCCUUUUACAUGUAUUUGGCUCUGGGUGAACUACAGGAUCAGCCUUCACAUGGUCUGUUUUGAUGCAUUCAUUUAGUAGAAGAGAGAUCUAAUAUGUAUUCGAGUGCAAAUGGAUUUUUAGGAAACCAUCUGUUUGUCCAAGCAAAUUUGAGACAAUAGCAUGUACUAGAAGUUGUAACAUUUCAGUGCAGGGAGAGAUGAAAGGCACUGUAUGACUUUUUUUAAGCUUCACAGUUGUUUAUUUGAACCUUUGAAGAGGCAUAUGGCCGUAUCUCUUGAUUUGUUUAGAGUCUCACUAACAGUAAAGCAAGUUUUAGAUGAUUUGAGGUUUCCUAAAGAAGUCUCCUCUUUGUGAGAGAAAGUUAUGAAUGGAAUUGCUAAACCUUAGAAACUA